ACACUGACGACCCUCUUGACGACUGCGACGACCACCUGUGACCCAAUAGCCUCUGAUAUCUGCUUAUCUCUGAUUCACCGCCAUGAAUUUCUUCAAAACCAAGCCACGGACACCGCCAGAUCUCGUACGGGGGUUGCGAGAUGUGAUACCAAGACUCGAGAACAGUGCACCGGGUGGCGAGACGAGGAGAAAGGCUACAGAGGAGGUCUCCAAGAAUCUGCAGCAAAUCAAGGCAAUGCUGCUCGGUGACGGAGAGCCGGUUCCAGAAGUCGUCGCACAGCUAGCGCAAGAGACCUACAACACCGAUCUGCUGCUUCUGCUGGUGCAGAACAUCGCCCGGUUCGAGUUCGAGGCGCGUAAAGACGUCGUCCAGAUAUUCAACAACCUUCUGCGUCGCCAGAUCGGUUCGCGGUGGCCAACAGUGGAAUAUCUGUCGUCUAAACCGGACAUCGUGUUUGCAGCGCUCGCGGGAUACGAGAAUGAAGAGGUUGCGCUCAACACGGGGAUGAUCCUCAAGGAGAUGUUGAGACAUGAACCGUUGGCCAAGAUUCUCCUAUACUCUGACCAAUUCUACAAAUUCCCCCAUUAUAUUGAAUCUACAACGUUCGGCAUCUCGUGCGAUGCGUUUGCCAACUUCAAGGAGACACUAACACGCCAUAAACCCAUGGUUGCAGAAUACCUGGACAGGCAUUAUGAUCGUUUCUUCUCAUCACUGACUACACUCAUCCUUUCCACCAAUUACGUUACGAAGCGCCAGUCGCUCAAACUGCUCGGGGAGAUCCUUCUUGACCGUGCCAACUUCAAUGUCAUGACACGCUACAUCGCCAACGAAGGUAACCUCAAAAUGAUGAUGAACCUGCUUCGAGAUAAGAGCAAGAACAUCCAAUUUGAAGCGUUCCACGUGUUCAAGGUGUUUGUUGCCAACCCCAAGAAACCCCCGCAGAUCGAGGCCAUCCUCCGAAGAAACAAGGAGAAAUUGCUCAACUUCCUCAAGAACUUCCACAACGACAAAGAGGAUGAGCAAUUCACGGACGAGAAGCAGUUCCUCAUCGUCCAGAUUCAGGGUUUGUAAACUUAUAGAAUUGGACGGUCACGCGGGAUACCUGUUCUCCAUUCUUCGAACUGCCUCGCCCCUGUCCGACCAACCUCAUCAUAUUCCGCAAAUCCAUACAUCCAACCUCCGUCAUCGUCGUCCAGUCCAUCCCGUCCAGUUCCGUGCAUCCUACAUGUAUUACCAUAAUACGUCACCGCCUCUCGGUACCUACUUCCUCUUGUUUGCAAUCCCGCCAUCGUCGUCCCUUGUCAGACCUCCCUUCCUUACUACCUUGGAUACCAAAAGAUCUCCCCACACUCCUCUUUUCUUUUGCUUAUUCUUGGUGCCUAGACUCUGGACAACAAUCUAUCGGAUUCAACUAGCACGGGAGAAUGUUUCAACGAAGAACGGUGUUACGUUUUCCCAUUCAUCAUCAUCUCCAACUUGUCCAUGAUUGUGCAUGUCCGACAGCCCCUCUCUCUGCGGAAGUUCACCACCCUCCUCCUUUAGCUGAUCGUAAUUCAUCUAUUUCCCUUGCCUCAUCUGUUACUCUUUUCCCUUUCUUUUUGCUUUC